AUGUGCCCAGAGGUCAGUCAUGUGGCCCCGGGAUGCGCACGGCGGCGCAGCGUGCUGAUGUAACGGGACAGCAGAGACCGUCACACCGGGGAGAACAGGAAGUUUCACCGGGGAGGUUGUCGGUCGGAAGGAGCGAGUGCCACGCACGUCGUUUGUUUGUCAGUAUGACAGACAUUGACGAUCACCAUGAGCUGCUCCAGAGGGACGCACAGUUCCUGUGCUCAGAUCUGAGGAUGGACACUGAACUGGUGGACAGACUGGUGCUGCAGCUGAACAGGAUCUACCCCCAGAUACUCAGUGACAAGGAAGCCCACAGGUUUAGGAACCUGAGCGUGCCCACCAAGGUACGGUUAGCUGAGCUGCUGAAGCACCUGCAUGCGAAGGGGGAGGAGGCCUGUCAUGAAUUCUACAGAGGACUUCACAUCCUCGCCGAGGACAUCUAUUCUAGCCUGCCCACCAGAGUCAUACAAAGAGAGGUGGCAGAUCCAAAAAGGACUUACAAUAUGGCAAUCUACCCAGAGCGAUAUGUGCUAAAUGAUAGAGGACCAAUGUUCUUCCUGAGCUGUCUCAGUUUUGUAGUGGGUAUUGCAGUGCUCUACUAUUACAGAGAGGGUGAGACAUUGAGAUGCACUGGUCCGUUUCUUCACUGCUCUGCAGCAAGACUUAGUAAAGAUGUUUUAAAUACCUAUGCUGAAGUUGGAAGCCAGACAAAAUGAGGCAGUUAAGGUGCUUAAAUGCUUAAGAACGAGCCAUGUGAGAAGAACAAGCAAUGAAAUUUGCCACUUUGCUGUGCCAAACUCAUAACGCUAUAAACUCUUUUUUCUAAAAUGUAAGCACUAAUUGACUUGUUUUUUAAUCCCUGAAAAGCGGACAUUGGCAAGCGUCACAAACUCUAUAUAUGAAGAAAAAUAUAAUGUUCUACCAUAAUAUUUGUAUGUAUGAGUUUUGCCUGAAUUUAUUGUGUAUGCACAAUGAAAAAAUUCCAAUCACAUUUUCAGUGAAAAGUGAGAAACUAACUGAUUAACUGCACACCCGCACAGGUGUUUUCUAUCUGGCUGAUUAGACCUCUGUUCAGGUUGAAGCUGGGUGGAGCUAUGCUGGGAAUUACAUGUCACCAAACUCUGUGAACCAAUAAGAAUGAUACCUGCUCUAACAGGUACAACAAGACCAAAAGAACGGUGAGGGAGAUGCCAAUCAAGCACCGGCUGUACACACCCACACUGUCCUUAGAAGAGGUCUAAUUAGGACUUAAGUGAAAACACUGGUGUGCGGGGACCAAAUUGCUUGGAUUUAACUUUGACUAACAUUGUUCAACCUUUGCUCAAAUAAAGCACAAAUCAUUUUGACAUCA